UUAAAUUUUAUCAGCCGUCCGAUCAAACUCACCCAUGUUCCCGACAGUUCCGAAGAUCAGGCCUUUUACGCGUCUUCUUCUCGCCUCCUUCGUUUCUGAGCUGAGCAUCGUGGGAGAAUCCGCCAAAUUCGGCGAAACAUUGUUUGAAGAACCUCUAAUUUCUGUAUCUCUUUUCUCCUCUUCGGAUAUAGGCAAAAUUUUGAACAUUUAUUAGCGAGAGAGCAAAGGGAGCAAAUAAAACAGAGAUGGAUUUGAUGAGGGUUUUCUUCCUGCAAGCCGCCGCUGUCGUGCUCCUCACAGAUCUCAUUGCAGCGGAUCCUUUCAUCUCCGGUGGUGUUCUGCAGGGACAUGGAUCUAUAAGCCGGAAUCUCUUGCAGGCCAAACAGAGUUGCCCUAUAAACUUUGAAUUCAUGAACUACAAAAUCAUCACAGACAAAUGCAAAGGACCCCAAUACCUUCCUGGUCCUUGCUGUUCUGCCUUGAAGGAAUUUGCAUGCCCUUAUACAGAUCAGCUUAAUGAUCUCACAAAUGACUGUGCUACUACCAUGUUCAGCUAUAUAAAUCUCUAUGGAAAAUAUCCUCCUGGUCUUUUUGCUUACGAAUGUCGCGAAGGGAAGGAAGGUCUUGACUGUUCGGCUUAUCUCAACGGAACAGACCAUUCUACAAGCUCAGCCAAAAUGAUUCGAAGCCUCUCCCCUGUAAUAGGUACUGUCUUGGGAGUUACUGUGGCUUUGCUCGUUUAUUGGAACUGAAGUUAACUUUACAUUUCUUGGAGAUUCUCAUCAUAGCAACAGGUUCUGUAUUUCAGAUGAGUAUUCUUUUAACUCAGUAUGAGGGCAAUUGUUGGCCUGUCUUCAGACAAAUUCCGUUGGUCAAAGCUUUUUUUGUGAUGAGGAAUGUAAUAUAUGUUGUUGGUAUUAUUUGUUUAAGUUGUUACUUGGGAUUUGUUUCAAUGGGAUGUUUAUGUUAUUUUGAUGGGUUUUGUAAUUUCAAUAUGCUAAAAUCCUUUUGGUACAUUGUUAAAAGCUUAAUGGUUGUGGAGCGCAUCCUUUUGGCAAA